ACUAUUAGUUACAUCAAUGAUUUGAUCAUUAGUACUCCCGUUAUUUCGAGACCAUCGCCUAAUGAAUCUAAUCUUUUCUAAAAAUGGAGAAUAAUGCCAGCGACAUUUUUUUUAUCUAAAUUUUCAACCAAAAUGACUUCACCAUGAGAGGGACAGGAGAAAUAUCGGCUCCCAAGAUUUGGCGGGAAACAUUACAGUGGGACCUUGUUAUCAGUUGUUACCUAAUUACCUCAUAAGGAAUACUCGGUCAGCAAUCAUGCCGAAGAAACGUCGCGAUUCAAGUCCUGUGCGAUCACCAAAAUCAAAGAGACUAAAAGAGAAUGCUCAUGGGAGUGGGGAAUUGUCAGAAUAUGAGAAAAAGCGUCUGGAGAAUAUCAGACAGAACAGUGAAUUUUUUGACGUUCUUCAACUUACUGAGAUGAAGAAUGAAUUUAACCAGGCUGGGUCAAGGCCUACUCCAUCUAAAGUAAAAGAAAGAGGUUUGACAAGGCCUAAAAAGAGUGUGCAAGCUGCACCAGCACUUCCCACCCGUCAGUCACUACGUAUUCGCAAGAAAGACCCUAGUGGUGUAUUACUUCCUGAGCCAUCAAAUGCAGAAAUCCAUCAGUCUGUUGACGAACAUAGAACCUUUCAUUAUUUUCGUCAACCUGCACUAAGAGCUGUUGGAUUAAAGAAUAUUAACUCAGUUGUAGCAUCACAAACUGUCUAUGAUUCUCCACGUAAAAAUGGACCUUUGGAAAUGAAGCCUUGUAAUAAUGUUGAGCAGACACAUUCACAGGAAUUUAUUGAUGAACUGACAGUCUUGGCAAACAUGCUGCAAAAGUCAAAAGAAAAUGCUGAUGAUGAUGCAGUUCAAGACUCAAAUGUUAGGAGCUAUAAAAGAUCCAUGCAGUCUUUGAAAAUCACAGAAGGGCAUGUUGCCAAACUUGUUCCACACAGAAUCUUUUCAAUGGCUUUCCAUCCCGCCAGAUACAAAACACUUGUGCUGGCAGGGGAUAAGUGGGGAAACAUUGGCAUAUGGGACGUGAACUCGUCAAAGGGAGAUGAUGGUGUGUACCUGUUUCAACCACACUCUCGUCCUAUCAACUGCAUAUCAUUUGAACCAGGAAAUUGUGGAAAGCUUUAUUCAUGUAGCUACGAUGGGACACUGAGGUGCGGUGACUUCAGUGCAGCCACUUUUCAGGAGGUUUACUCCUUUGAUGAUGACGACUAUUCCAGGUUCAUGUACUUUGCGUUUGGUUCACCCAGCAGUAGUACAAUUUUAGCGGCAACUGACUCUGGUUAUGUCAUGGUAGUUGAUACAAGAACAAAAAGAAAAACCAUAGCAGAGCAAAGUUAUGGCCUUCAUGACAAAGUUAUCAAGUGCAUUGAUGUCCAUCCAUUAAACCGUAAUCUAUUCCUCACAUCUUCUACCGACGGGUCAGUAGCUUUCUGGGACAUACGGAACAUUAAAAACAUGAAAUCGAGGUUAAGCAGUUUGCAGCGAACCCGUGUUGCUUCGUCUGCCUAUUUUUCUCCUUUGACUGGCAGUCAGGUGUUAGUGACGUCAUUGGAUGAUUACGUUACUAUUAACGACGUUGACGCUUCUGGGAUAGUCACUACUACACCAGAGUGUUGUUUCAGACAUGACAAUCGAGUUGGCCGCUGGCUGACAAGUUUUCGCGCCGCUUGGGAUCCUAAAUUUGAAAAAUAUGCGGUCGUUGGGAGCAUGAGGAGACCACGACAGAUCGAUAUUUUUUCCUCCGAGCAAAAAAGUAGCGCAUUGAUGCACUUAACCCACGAGAACCUCAACUCUGUGAAUUCCUUAAACGUCUUUCAUUCCUCGGUUAACAUGCUGGCUGGUGGAAAUUCAAGUGGAAAGGUUUACCUAUGGACGGAAUAAUUGCCCUUCGUCUCUCCAUUUAUCCGCUCACGUGAAUGUCUACGAGUAAAUUUCGCGUGGGAUAUCGAAGCGUUGAAAGGCAAAAGAAAAAUGGAAGUGGGCUGGCUGGCUAGCUAGCUGGCGAGUCGACAUUUUAAGACGUCGUAGGGAACUGAAGAACUGCAUGUCCGUUAAAGCAAGAAAUGAAAAAAAGCAACUAUAACCAAAUGGAAAUAAGAAAUAGUUUUCUGGAAAAUUCACGACUUCACACUGCGUGUGGCGAAGCGUGAAUACACGAAUAUUGUUUCGAUAAUUACACAAGUAAUCGGUAACGAUCAAUAUGUUGUGUUAAUAUAUUCCUCACCGCUAUUUAUAUUCCGAUUCCCAGGCUAGUCUUAGCUUUUUAAUCGUUUUCUAGUUCUAGUAGCGGAAGACAGAUCUGUAAUCCUCAAAGAGUAGUGUGACAGUGACUAAGUAAAAACGAUUUUAUUGGUUGAACAAUUUGUUUUUAAUCCCAUUGUGUCGUGUGAUAUGAUGCUACAAUUACAUUGACUGCAUUCUGUUACAAUUGUGUUACCCACCGAACCCCUGACGGAAACACCAUAAUAAAGUUGUUAUAAUUAUU